ACGCGGCUCCGGACGGCCGUUGUGCCGCGGGGUUCCUCCUCCGCGCGCUGCGAACGGGGCGGUGCGGGGUCGGCCGUGACGGCGCGGAGCGGUGCUGGGGCUGCGCUCGGCACCGCGUUACGGCGGGGUAAUGGGUCGGUACCGCUCCGAAAUGCCCCGUUAUGGCACCGGCCUGUCCCCCUGCCGGCAAACAAGCCGCCGUGCCCCGCCGUUCCCUCCGUUCCCUUGGGUGGCAGAAUGGUAUGCUGAGCCCCCCUCAACCUGCAGCUCUGCGGGGCUCCGAUGGCCCUGAAGGUUUCUGUGCUGUGACGCCGAGCAUCGGGCUGCUCUGCCAGCUCGGCCCCGCCGUGCUGCAGGACGAGCUGCUCCGGCUCACCCUGCCAAACGUCAGCUUAUCUCACCCCCGGAGAGAUGCAUCUUUAUGGCUCUGCAUCUUUAUUUCCAUGUACAUUCGCUGCAGCUGUGUUGACGGGAGCUGAAGCACAAACAGGUUAUCCCGUGGGUGAGGUGUGCAUACAGAGCCCCUGGGAGCUGCCGGUGUUUGGGGUGUUGGAAGGGGAAUCUGGUCCUUUUGGCAAUGGCCAGCUUUGUGUUUCCUUGGGGCCGUGGAGCUGUUUAGUGCUCUGGGAAAAUGGGGUGGAAGUGCCUGGAAGUGGGGCUGCCGCCGUGGGGAGGCAGCCUCAGGAUCCCAACAGCUGCAGCAGGCACAGAUCAGCUGCGCUGUGUUAAUGGUGUGAUCUCCACAGGGAGAGGUCCAGGAGCCCCAUGUGCUCCCACAACAGGAUGGAGACGGGCUGAUCCCAGGGAACUGAAGGGGAUUAAAAUUCUUGUGUAUUUCAGGGAGCUGUGAUCCCUUCUCCAAGGCAGGGGCCUCUUGUGGGGUCACUGGGGCAGGCGGUGCCAGUAUUUGCUGGGAUGGCUGUUUGCAGCCCCAUGAGCAGCAAAAAGCUCCGAACAGGCAGGGCUGAACGGUGGCAAUUUGGAGAAAGCCCCGGGUUGAGGGGCUCCAAAAGCCCAAGGGCACUCCAUGUGGUGGCAUUCGGUUCCUUCUGGAGGGACAGCAGCUUCGUGUGAGAAGCAGCUUCCCAGCUCUGUGCUGAGAGCAUCCCGCAUCCCUCCGCAGGGAAGGGUGAUGUGGGACCGCCUGGAGGCAGAGAGGAGGGCAGAGGGGAUGGGAGCAGAGGAGACGGACCUGUUGGGGCUGCCCGGCUUCUUAGCAUGGGAGGCGCGUAUGGCUGUCACAGUCUGCAGCUAAUUACAGGGACCUGUCUGCAGCCCAGACGGCUGCCAGCCAUCGUAAUCACAUCAAACUGGGAUGGGAUGGGCUCUCUUGCACGGCCCCAUUGAUUCACAGCUCUGUCCCCAGCCUUACCCCAGCGGGCUCCUGCCGGCCAGCCUUGCAUGGGUAGGGCCCAGUUUGCUGCGUCCGUGGGGCACCCUGGGGAUCCGACAACAGCAGAUCAGCCGUGCAGUUUGGGAUCUUAGCAAACAGAGCAAAGCUUGGGAAUACCAUCUAUGUCCCAUGGGAGGGAUGCAUUACCCACAGGGAUUGAAGGCAGCAGCAGGGUUGGCACCCCACACCCACGGGUGUUUCAAUUCAGCACCCCAGGGUCACAGCAGCUCCAUCCCAGCUGUGGAGCUGCGGCCGUUUGCUGAUCCAACACCACUGGUGGUCCUUCAUCAAGCUGGCACCUCUGUGGUCUGCGAAUGCACAGAACUGGGUCAGGCGUGUUCCUCCAAGCAGCAAUCUGUAGCCAUUCUCAGCAUGCAGCCGGCCUGCCUGAAUGCUGGCAAGGACGGGCAGAGCCCAGGGAGUAAGCCGCCCUUCUGCUUUAUCCCAUUGACUGCCCAUCUGUUGCGUUAAUCAUUGACCCCGGUGCACGGCUGGGAAUCCUGAGCUCAGAGCCGUGCACGUACAUCCUGGUGCCCUGAGCCGCGGGAUGCUCUGCUGCUGGGGCAGAGCUGCGGGACGGCCUGGAGCCUCCGAGCGCUGAGGUUACCGGCCUCCGUGCCCACAGCUCUCCGCCCUUUCCUGGGGAGCCAUUUUGCGGGGGGUGUCAGCCCUCGGGCAGCUCUUGGGCGGUGCCAGCACAGUGCAGAGGUUCCCACAGGGAAAGCCCUGGGCUGCUGUGCGGGGAGCCCCAGGAGCCGCCGCAUCGCUUUGUUUUGAAAAGCCGAGGCAGGAAGGAAGCGAGCGGUGACAAACGCUGCGUGGGGAAGGGACGGGACGGGUUCGCACCGCAGAGCCCUGAGCCAGGCACGCCGGGCGAGCAGGAACAGCGGCUCGGGGCAGAACAAUAGCAGCCCGGGGGGAAUAAAUUAUUUUCCACCGAAUUGGGCGAGACCUCGGUCUCCUCCCACUGCUCCGCUCAGGGACAGGCCACUAACCCCGGACUCAGCCGUGCUGGGAAAGGGCUGGCGGCAGCUGCGGGACAUCUCCCACUGUGGAUGAGCAAACAUCAAAGUGCGGCUCUCCCGGAGCUGCCCCAGGCUCAUGUCCCGGCCGAGUCCCGCAUGGCCGCAGCGAGACGAACCCCCCCCGUGCGGCACCGCCACCGCGCUACCCCCGGCCUCGUCCGACAGCGACUCCGGCUGUGCCCUGGAAGAAUACCCGGAGCCCCCCGCAGAGCCCGCGGCUCCCGAGGUCCCCGCCUGCUUCGAGAGCCGCCCCACGGAUCAACCCCGUCCUGCCGGCCGGAGCCUGCUCCGUGUCAGAGCCCUCCUGCAGCAGCUGCCGCCUCAAGACUGCGAUGAGCGGUACUGCCCCGACCUCGAGGAGGAGGAGAGGAAGCAGCUCAGGGCGUUCAGCGCCCGCCGCCGACGGGACGCGCUGGGCCAGGGGGUGGCGGUGCCGGUGCCGGGCUCCCGCCACGGCUGUCCGUGCAGGAAGUGCGGCAGGAGGCUGAGCAAAGGAGACCCCGGGAUUGCGGCGUCGCGGCUGGGAGAGCAGCUCUGGCACCCGCCCUGCUUCUGCUGCCACGUCUGCCACCAGCCCCUGGUGGACCUCAUCUACUUCCAGCAGGAUGGAAGGAUCUACUGCGGUCGGCACCACGCCGAGCUCUUUCGGCCUCGCUGUGCCUCCUGCGACCAGCUGAUCUUCUUGGAAGAGUGCAUCGAGGCUGAGGGCCGGCGCUGGCACCCGGAGCAUUUCUGCUGCCUGGAGUGUGAUGCACCGCUGUGUGGGCAGCGCUACGUGAUGCGGAGCGGCCAGCCCUGCUGCCGCAGCUGCUUCGACAGCCUCUUUGCCGAGCCGUGCCAGGCCUGCGGGGAGCCCAUCGGUGUCGACAGCGAAGAGGCCACACACCAGGGUCUGCACUGGCACGCCUGCGCCGCCUGCUUCUGCUGCAGUCUCUGCCGAAAGCCGCUGCGUGGGCAGCCCCUCACCGCCCGCUGCGGGCGGCUCUUCUGCUCCGAGAGCUGCAGUCUGGGCCGGGAUGCGUCCUCUGCUGCCUCCACCACCUCCGAUUCCUCUGACUCGGCCUUUGUCUCGGCACCGUCCCCUGACUCGACGCCCGUCUCCAGAGCCAGCCACACCACCAGGGCUGGGAGCACCGCGGCAGCUGGGGGCUGCAGACAGCGGGUGGAAGGGGCUGAGGUGCUACCAGAUCAGGCCUCUACACAUCCUGCGUUCAGGAGCCCAGAGGACCAUGGAGCAGCUGUGGAGAGGAGCAAGGAUUCUGUGUGCACAGGGAUGCUGGGAGCAUCAACCAGCCACCCCUCCAACGUUCAGCCCUGCACAGAAGGUCACUGCAGGCUUCUGGGAGGUCCUGAAUGCCGAAUACUGCCAGGGGAUGGAAACCCACACUUCCAAGUGGGUCGGCCCCCUGCCCAACCCGGCCUACAUCUGGAGGACAUGGACCCACAGGAUAUCAUGGAAGAGGACGAUUCCUGGUGUCCCACCUGCUCUUCAUCCUCAGACUCUGACUCGGAAGAGGAGGGUUUCUUCUUUGGGAAACCCAUCCCCAAGCCCGGGAUGAGCUCUGUGGGCAGGGAGCCCCAGCGCCUGGAGCGGGCAGGGCGCAGGAUGGCGAAGCUGCGUGGCAGCAGCAAGCACUGCAGCGUGUCCUAGCGCAGGGAC